AUGCCCUCUUGCCUCUUCGACAAGCCUCGGACGCCGCUCGAAAUCUAUGGCCGAUCCUUGCCCGAUGAUGCAGACGCAGCUCCCAUGCUCUUCCCCAUGUACACCGUAGCUGCGGAUGUGCUGCUGAAGAUGACGAAGGUCGAGCCCCACGAAAAGUUGAAGGCCGGAGGUGAGCUUGUUGCCUUCAGCGACGACUUGGGCAAGGCAGCCUUCGUUUCGCACCAGUGGCUUGCCACGAACCACCCAGAUCCGGAGUUCAGGCAGAUGAGCAUUCUGCAGAAUGCCUUGAAGCGCAUCCUAAGUAGCUCUGGAUCUCUUUCGCUGGAUUGCAUUACCGAAGGCGUGGUGCGAACGGCCAGGCCUCUUCCCAUGCAGGAGUUCCAGGUACAGAAGUUGUACCUCUGGUACGACUAUUUCUCAUGCCCACAGCUGGAGUAUCAAGCCCGUGCAUCCGAAGAGACGGAUUACCGCCAGCAAGCCAACGCCAUCAACAGCAUACCGGCCUACAUAAGUGAGUGCCACUUCUUUUUCGCACUUUGUCCCGUCCUCGACUGCCCCUUGCAGGGAAAGGUCCUAACAGCAGCGAGUUGGCGAAGCAGGGGGUGGUGCCGCUUGGAAAGAGCCGCACGUGAGCUGUCUCCAAACAGUACUUGGAUUCUGAUUCAAAGCGACACCUCCAUUGAAGUUGUUGGCACAGUGCUAUCCUUUCCGAGUGGCCCCGUCGGGGAAGGCUACUUCGAGAUCGCGGAGGAUCGGCAGAAGCUGUCCCUGGUGAUGCACAGAAUCUUGAUGCGAAAGCUGAAGCACUGCCUGCGUUUGGGUGACUUGCCUGGAUUCCGACGCCACUUCAACCUGCAGAACGUUUACCUGCGGGGGCUGGAGAUCGAGCAGGCGACCGGCCUGCUUCCCAGCUGCCAGGCCCACGGUGGUAACGAUGCAGUGGCGGAGUUCCUACACCAGAACGGCUUGAGGAGGGUCAGUGAGGCCGACAGCGCGGGGUGGUGGCCUCUGCACUAUGCGGCACUUGCAGGCAAUGCCAAGGUGCUGAGGGGCCUUCUGGAGAAGCGUGCCGACAUAAACCGGCGCACGUCGAAGGAUGAGCCGAUGUUGGGCUUUCCGCCAUGGAUGUCGGCUUUGGAUUUGGCGGUAUUUUACCAGCACGAGGAGGCUACCCGGCUUGUUCUCGCGGCGAGAGCCCACCCGGAGGGUGGAGUUUCACCAGCUGCCAUGCAUGCGGCCGUUGUUGACAAUGCAGAAGGAAUCCGGCUCUUGUGCGCAGAGGGUGCCGCGCCACUUUCCCUCAACAUUUUCUCUUUCAAUGCCUUGCAAAAUGCAGCUGGAUAUGCUGCGACUGCAGCGCUGGAGGAGCUGGUGAUGCAGGGUCGCCCAGGUUCUCUGGAUCUUUCGCGUGCGCUCUUCGGUGCUGCAACAGUUCGGGGCGGCUCGGCAGAGCUGGUGAACCGGUUGAUCGCCCUCCGCGCCGACAUCGACUUUCAACUGAACCUCCCACGCGACUUCAGCACACUGGGCCGGCUUCUCUUUGCAGGGAAGUCCUUGCAGUAUCGGAUUGGCCGGGAAACAAUCUUGUCCGGUCUGGCCUAUCAUCUGCAUGGCAGCACGCCGCUGAUGCAGGCUGUAAGGUCGGCUCAAUUCGAGGCCGCCGCCGCUUUGAUCGCGGCCGGCGCGAGACUGGACCUCCGCAACUGCCGGCGCUGGACCGCCGCAGAUUUUGCCCGUGGCCAGUCGAUCCCACACUUUCUGCAGCUUGGCCUGGAGGGGGACCCGUCAGAGUGCCGGCGGGUCUCCUCGCUCGCUCUUGCGGACGGCUAUGUCGAGAUUCCUUUCUGA